AGCAGCUGACGAUCACAUCCGGGAAAAACACUAGCUGUCCAAAGUGCAUGAAGCUGUGUUUACAAAUGUUCCAAAACAAAAACAAUGUAAAUUGAGAGAAAAUGUUCGAAGUUGGAAAUUUUUCAAGUAAUAUACAGGCGUAUGUGAAGAUAACAACCCUUCCGUCGGUAGCCAAAUCCACCACAACUAGCGAUGUAACAUUUCCACCCCCUUUGAAACCAGCAUUAGAACCAACGUUUGAGUUAGGAUUGACAAUAACAUUCGUGUCUGUUUAUGGGCUGUUAUUUUUCAUGGUUUACGUUCAGCUAUGGAUGAUCUGGUACUAUCGACACAAACGUUUCAGCUAUCAAACAGUUUUUUUGUUCGUGACAUUAAUAUGGAGCGGUCUUCGGAUGACACUGUUUUCAUUUUAUUUUAAAGACAGUUCACGCGUGAACCUUUUUCCAGUGUUUACCUACUGGUUAUUAUUUUGUUUCCCGGUGUGUCUACAGUUUAUCAUCUUGUGCCUCUUGGUUUUGUUUUUUGCACAGGUUGUGUUUAAGGCAAGGGCAAGAUAUCAUCCUAGCAAAUUCAAGAGACCUCUUAAAGUGAUAUUGGUCUUUACUAUAAUAGUGUUCCUCACCACGAAUGUCAUCUGUGCGCUGAAAACUAAGCAAUACCAAAUUGAAAAGAAACAGACCACGGUGCCAAACUAUAUUCCAAUUAUACGGGUGGCUGUUAAUGACACACUGUUCAUUAUUGUUAGUCUUGGACUCUCUGUUUGCAUCUUUAAGAUGGCAAAAAUGGCAUCAGCAAGUGUUGUGUUAGAAACAAAGGGUACAACAAUGUGUAAAGCAUUGGCCUCGUGUGUUGUCAUCGAGUUUGUCUACUUUACCAGGGCUUUAUAUGACGUAAUUGCUUUGUUAAAAGAACACAAGAAAAUACCGAGCUUUGGCUAUGGAUGGAUAAAUGUUACUGAUCAGGCUGAUUUCGUAUUGUUGGACGAAGGUUACGCUUAUGCCUCGUUCGCCAUUGUCCUUUUUGUGUGGGAAAUACUGCCCAUGUUCAUCGUGAUCCUGUUUUUCAGAGUUAAAACUUCUGGGUCAUCAAAGUCUUUAGAAGACUUGCCUUCACACAGCCGCACUGAUCAGCCAUUUUUCUUUGACAAUCCGCGCCGGUACGACAGUGAUGAGGAUCUCUUGGCACCAGGGAUCUACCAGAACAGUGUCCAGAGUGGAGUCUACUCAGUGAACUCUGGCGACAGUUUUGAAGACUCCAUACCACCCCGGGUACCGACACUGGGUUAUGGCGCGGUGAGGACCUCUGACCGACAGUACAGCUAUAGUGUCUCCCCUGCGGUGCUGCCACCUAGCCUUCAACAGAGAUUUGGCUCCAACUGAACACACUUCUGGUGUAGCGUGACAGACCGAGGGUUGAGUGUUUAACUGUUGUAGGUGAUGCUGAAAUGUUUGGCAGAUAAAACAGUAUCGUUUGACACCUUACCCUUAAGACUGUGCUUGUUACAUGUAAGUAUUCAGAAAGGGUUGUUUCUUAAGGAGACUAGGUUGUAUCUGACAGUGUCUU